GAGGGAGCGCCGGAAGCCAGCCCCGCCCCUCAUUGUGCGGUUCAUACUAAACGGAAGGGGCCGGGAGAGGCCGCGUUCAGUCUGAUCCCGGCAGCAGCUGCAGCGGCUCUCGUCCUUCCAGGCUCUACUUGCUAUCUCCUUUAGCUUCCGGAAACAUGGCCUCUGGCGUGGCUGUCUCUGAUGGAGUCAUCAAAGUGUUCAACGACAUGAAGGUACGUAAGUCCUCCACACCAGAGGAGGUGAAGAAGCGCAAGAAGGUGGUGCUCUUCUGCCUUAGCAAAGACAAGAAGAACAUCAUUCUAGAAGGGGGCAAGGAGAUCCUGGUCAGUAAUGUGGGCCAGACAGUGGAUGACCCCUACGCUACCUUCGUCAAGAUGCUGCUGGACAAAGACUGCCACUAUGCUCUGUAUGAUGCAAACUAUGAGACCAAGGAGAGCAAGGAGGACCUGGUGUUUAUCUUCUGGGCCCCUGAGUCUGCGCCUCUCAAGAGCAAAAUGAUCUACGCCAGCUCCAAGGAUGCCAUCAAGAAGAAGCUUACGGGGAUCAAGCAUGAGCUACAAGCAAACUGCUACGAGGAGGUGAAGGACUGCUGCACUCUGGCGGAGAAGCUGGGGGGCAGUGCUGUCAUCUCCCUGGAGGGCAAGCCUUUGUGAGCCCUCUCCAGCCCCUGCCUGGAGCAUCUGGCAGCCCCACACCUGCCUGUGGGGGGUUGCAGGCUGCCCCCCUUCUGCCAGACCGGAGGGGCUGGAGGGAUCCCAGCAGGGGGAGGGCAAUCCCUUCACCCAGUUGCCAAACAGCCCCCCACCCCCUGGACCUUCCUUCUCCCUCCACCCCUGACGGUUCUGGCCUUCCCAAACAGCUUUUCAUCUUCUGAUUCCUCUUGGGUUGAAACAGACCAAGUCCUCCCCACCCCAGGCACCCCAGUUUUGGAGAGGGCCUGUAUUUUUUUUAACGACACCCCUACUUGCAACCUGUUCCUCCCCCCCUUUCCCAUGCUGCCAACUUCUAACCGCAAUAGUGACUCUGUGCUUGUCUGUGUAGUUCUGUGUAUAAAUGGAAUGUUGUGAACAUAACCCUUCCCCAUGCUGCCUGGUUCCCCUCCCCCUUUCCACGUGGUCUUGGCCACUCAUGGAAGCAGGACCAUAAGGGACCCUUAAUUAAAAAAAAAAAAAGGAAGAAAAACAACAAUAAAAAGCCUCACUUGAUUAAAGGA